CCUCGGCCCGGGCUUGGCCAGCGGCCGUUUCGCCCCCAGUCCAGACCUCCGGGCUCGGCGGGCGGCGGCGCGGCGGGCGGUGGGUGAGAUGUCUGCUCCCGGCUCCUACCAGGCGGCCGCCGGGCCUUCCACGAUGCCGAGCGCGCCCCCGGCUGCGCCCCCGUCCUACGAGGAGACGGUGGGCGUGGGCGGCUACUUCCCCGCGCCGCCCGGCCCCGCCCCCGGGCCCACCACGGCGCUGGUGUCCGGCCCUGACGGCAAGGGCACGAACCCCCCGUACUACACCCACCCGAUGCCCGGCCCCAACCCCAACGCAAUCGCCGUGCAGACCGUGUACGUGCAGCAGCCCGUGACCUUCUUCGACCGCCCCGUCCAGAUGUGCUGUCCGUCCUGCAACAAGAUGAUCGUCACGCAGCUGUCCUACAACUCGGGGGCGCUCACCUGGCUGUCCUGCGGGAGCCUCUGCCUGCUGGGGUGUGUGGCCGGCUGCUGCUUCAUCCCCUUCUGCGUGGACGCCCUGCAGGACGUGGACCACCACUGCCCCAACUGCAAGGCCCUCGUGGGCACCUACAAGCGUCUGUAGGGCUCGGCCCGGCCCACUGCUGAGACCCCCGCCCGCCCGCCCCCCGACUCACGCAGCCCCUGGCACCGCCUUGGGGGGGGCUCCGGACCCCACUGCCGGGAGCCCCCCGACGCACGUGCAGAGACGCUCACUUCGGUGUGGUCCUCGGGUUCCCCCACCCGUUUCCCGUCCUCUGAUUAGGACACGUCACAGCCCCCUCUCCUCCCCUGCGGGCGCCCUGCCGGCAGCCGACUCCCGGCCUGGCCUCGGUGGCACCGAUUCCCCUGGACCCGCCGCCCACCCCCGGCACCUGCGGGACUCGGGACUCGGGCACCGCACCCCCGAGGCACACUCGCUUCUCGGCAGGCCCCGAGCGGCCGGCCCGGAGCCGCAGACCAUAAACACAGUCCAGGGCCCGCGGCUGGCCCUGUCCUCCCUGCUGGCGCCGGGCCAGGCCCACGGCCGCGUUGGCGCCUGCGAAAGGUGUCCUAUACUCACGGCACCUGGCUGGCACCUCGGUCUCAGUGCCCCCUCUUGGCCUUAAACCCCCGGGCACGUGCUGUUCCGGGGAGAGCUAAGUUCUGUCCCCCCAGCACGGGGACUCCGGCGGGUCCACGCCCUUCCCCCCGGAACAGAAGCAAGUUUGAGUCCGGGACUCUUCCACCGGCCCCGCUGGGGCUGCACGUGACGCUGGCGGGCUUCUGGGGGCCCCCCUGGGCGUCCCGGGGGGCUGUUUUGAAAGACGAGGGGAGCAGGCUCGAACCCACCUUCCAUGGCACUGUCAGCCCGGGGACGUUCCCUCGACAGAGGCUGGGCGGGGGCUCACCCAGCACAUGGUGGACCCGGGUCCCCGGCACCCCGGAGGGUCCCCUGAGCAUUGCCAGGCGUGGCCCCCAAACCAAAAUAAAUAAUAAAAUUUUUUUUUUUUAAGG